UAUCUUUACCCCCAAAGCUACUCAGCUCCCCUUUCCCCGAGCUUUGGUUUGCGGACCUAAACCUGCACAGUCAUAAUCCCUUUUCUAAACACGCCUGCGCAGAUUGAGGGUGGGGGGGGGUUGGUAAGUGUGUGGAGGUGCGCCUGCGUAGAUAGACCCUCUCCGUUCUAGAGAGUGCCGAACCGCGCUUGCGCGGAGGUAUUGGGUUGGUUCCGCAGAAAUGCAGUCGCUGCUGGCCCUGUGUGCUGUGCAGGUGACCCGGCACCAGAAAAUGGCAUGCCGGGCUCUAGCUUCCCUUCCUCGGGAACUGUACCCGGCCUUAUUCCGGGCUGCCUUCAUGUACGGCAGAACGUUGGUGCUGCAGGCGCUGGUGCAGACGUGGCCCUUCCCGUGCCUCAGCUUCCGGCAGCUACUGCCCCACCCCAAGCAGAUGGGCUGGCCCAAGCGGCCCCGUAGGGAGAGUGUGCAAGCUGUGAUCUUGGCGCUGCUCGCGCCAGCACCGCGGAGGAAGCCUCAGCUUCGAGUGUUAGACAUGACUGGCUUCCUAGAUGCCAGCUGUGGGCAGGACCCCACAACUAUGAGCAUGUGGGCACGCUCAGUCGCUGUGGCAAGAACCUGUCUCAGUGCCCAGACUCAGGCCAGAGCAGCUCAACGUUUGGCAAAACGCCGAAAGCUGGAUCCCCAGGCCUCUGUCACCAGUCCUGUGGAGGUACAUACUGACCUGCUAGUGAAUCGUACUUCUUAUAAUGUCCUGAAGGAGGCUCUCCAGACCAGCACUAGUGGCCCCCUGCGCUUGCGCUGCAGGGACCUUUGGGCUGAGGAACUGUCAGGACCUAGCACAGUAGCCCUGUUGGAGCUUCUAGACCCAGUCUGCCUGCGCCAAGUAGACCUUCGCUUCAACAACCUGGGACUUUCAGGCUUGUGUACUGUCAUCCCCCACAUGGCCAAGUUCACCCACCUGCUGAGCCUGAAACUACAAUACAGUAAUGUGGAUGUGCGGCAGCUCACUGCUGAGGCAGAGGGCAGUUUCCAACGCUUUGUCUCUGCAAUUGGCCAGUUGAAAAGCCUCAAGGAACUCAACAUGGGUUCUUCUCGCCUCUCAGGCCGACUUUACCAGCUCCUUAGCUGCCUACAGAGCCCUCUGGAAAGCCUGGAACUUCCCUUCUGUGCCCUUCUUCCGGGGGACUUGAGUUACUUGGCCCAGAGUCCCCAUGCCACUCAUCUCAAGAAGCUGGACCUCAGUGGCAACAAGCUGUCUGGUGACCACCUGGGCCCCUUUCAGAUACUACUGAGGGAGGCCUCAGCCACCCUGCUGUGUCUGGAUAUUACAGAGUGUCAGCUCAUGGAUGCCCACCUUAUUAAUACCUUGCCUACCCUAUGCCGCUGUACCCACCUUCGCUAUCUUGGUCUUUAUGGUAACCCUGUUGCCAGUGCUGGAGUGAAGACCUUGCUUGAACAAUCACAGGUAUUGCCUGAGCUCCAGCUGAUUGUACACCCAGUCCCUGUGGAUUGCUACAAGGACCUGCCAUGGCCACCCUCUUCAGCUAGCCUUCUAGAGGGUACCGUGGAUGAAGAGAAGCUUGCCAGUGUGCAAGCUGAGCUUCAGCAGUUGCAACAGGCCAUACAGCGUCAUGAUGUGCUAUGGACCAUGGACAUCUAUGGUCACAGUAGCUUUGACUACUUCAGUCUGUAG